AUGGUUUUCCAACAUCAAAUAUUGACAGAUGAUCAUGUCGUUGACAAAUCUGGAACGAUCAGUUACAAACAGAAAUUAGAUUUCAUGUCCAGAUCUAUAAUAGAAGACCAACAACGAUCACAUUAUUCUGCCAAUCUGUAUAGUCAUAAUGACCCUACGGCUUUUGCAUAUUUUCAACAGGAGCUGAUGUCUCCUCGUCUUCAACAAGCUUUUAUAAACCAAUCAAUGAUGAAUAGGAAUGAUAACAUGCAUUUACAAUUACAACAUCAACACCAACACCAACACCAACAACUCCAGCCGCACAUUUUUGUUCAUCAGCAACAACAACACCAACAACAACAGCUGCUACAACAGCAAUUACAGCAACAGCGACAACAGCCACAGUAUAUACCUUCUAUCAUGGUCCCUCCGCAAUCUCCAACUUUAUCAAGCUACUAUUUUGAAAAUGGUUGGACAAACCACUAUUAUGACCCGAAACAUCGACAAUUUUUAUCUAGCCGUGUUGAUCCUGAUUAUGAACAACAACAGCAGCAAACAUUCUACCCUCGAAGCAAUAAACGACCUUAUUCUUCCUUAAUGUCCGGUCAUCAAAAUGAUAGUAGUAAUCUUCUUAGCGAAGAGCAGCAUCACUUGCAUAACCAACCCAUUAUCAACACAACUAAUCCGUAUUUAUCGGCAGCAGCAGCAGCAGCAGUGAAUGCAGCAGCAACAAUUACUUCAUCAACUAUGGCAUCUUCUAUUUCAUUACCACAGCAACAGCCGUUACUUCAUUGCUCUAUUAACGCCACCAGCAAUCCCGAAGAAUGGCGUGAAAAUCUGUUGCAAUUUGCGCAUACUGUAUAUACAACAUCUCCACAAAACUCAUAUCUAUUAUCAUUACUUCACUCAUUGCAUAAUGCUUUUCCGACUCAUUUACCCACCAUUUUAUUACUUGCAUGCGUAUACUAUUCCCGCAAAGAUUACCAUGCCUCUUUGAAAUACAAUCAUCUCAUUCUAAAAUACGACCCCAACUAUGUCGAAGCUAUGAGUAAUAUUGGAACCACUCUACGAAGUUUAGGUAAAACAGCUGAGGCAGAAAAAUGGUGGAUCCAAGCUGUCAAAUUACGACCUAAUUACUGGGACGCCGUAGAAAAUUUAAUCGGUGUGAUAUGUGCAAAACCAAGCAACAACGCUAAUAAUGGUAGUAACCAUCAUCAAUCUGCUGGCAAGAACAAAGAACAUGCUCGAGCCCCUUCGGAAUCAAGAUGUAAAGAAGCGCUUGCUGUAUGCGAUUUUGUCGAAAAAUUCUAUUAUGACAAACCUCCGUCUGUGUAUAAGAUUCCUACUACACUACCCCUCCAUCAACUGCCUCGAUUACAAAAUCUUUUAUAUGCGAAGGGUAACCUAAAAAAUGCUUUAGGUGAUAUACAUGGCGCACAAAAGGAGUACGAAAAAGGUAUUGAGCUAGCAUUUGGCGGUGUAGAUUUGUUAUCCAUCUUUAAGCUGAUUGUUUAUGCGUGCUGCCAUGGGACAACAUCAUCGUUAUCAGCUACAACCUUUGUAAAACUAGAAGAAUCAAAAUCAAUACCUCUGAUUCUAUUGCAACCGGAACAAGCUGUUCAUUUAUUAUCUACAAUUUUCCCUUCAACUGGAGGUAUAUUACCGACUCUCAGUAGAUUAAAUACAACUUCAAAUUCCAUUACAACAAAUAGUACGGACCAUGCCACUACUAUUAUGCAGACCAAUCAAAAUACAUCCAAUCUUUUACUGACAUUAGCUAAAUUGUUUCAGGAUAUUAUGAAUCCUUCCACCGCAACACUUAUUGCCGCUGCUGCUGCUUCCUCGUCGGCAAAAACUACACCCACAUUAUCCACUCUGAUUCCGUUAUAUUACUUAAGCUUGGCUUUGAAUCCUAGCCCCUCAACAGCAAACAACCUUGGUAUCAUUUUGAGCAAUAUACCCGCUGCAGUAGCUGCUAGCGCUUUGCGGCUAUCAGAUGGUCAACAGCAAAAAGAACCUAUUACAGGAACAAUGCUAGCCAUGCAAUAUUAUAUGUAUGGUUUACAAUUAGAUACACGUCAUCCUCAUCUAUAUACCAAUUUGGGUUCUCUUUUGAAGGAUAUGGGUCACCUGGACGAAGCCAUCAGCAUGUAUCAAAAAGCUGUUGAGUUUAAUCCCAACUUCGAUAUUGCCCUGGCUAAUUUGGGUAAUGCUAUCAAAGAUCAAGGAAACGUUCAGGAUUCUAUACAAUGGUACCGUCGUGCUGUUGAAGUUAACCCUGAUUUUGUGGAUGCUGUUUGUGGUUUGGUCAACUCGUUGAGUGGCGUAUGUGAGUGGCGUGGACGAGGCAGUGUUGGCAAUGAAGCAGGGGUCGAUGACUUUGGUCAUUAUGUUCCUCCUCCCGGGAACAAAAGUGCUAAAAGUGGUUGGAUUGGCCAUGUUGUUGAUAUUGUCGAUAAGCAGUUAAAUGAAGGUGCUCAUUGGGGUAUCGGUAUAUUAAAAAUGUCCUUUGACCAACAUAAGACAGUGGGCGACAUGUUAGUGGAACGCAUGUUAUUCUCUACGCGUAGUAAUCGCCUCGAGUUGUGGAAAUCACGGCUUUCUUACUACAAUGACAGAGGUCACCACAACAGUGUUGAAAAAGAUGAAGGAGGCUGGUUGAUUCGUUUAAUAGAACGUAUUAUGCGUCGCUUACAGCAAAAAUGGUUCGUAGAAGCGUAUGGUUCCACUGUUAAAACGGAUGAAGCAACAUUCUCAACAAAACAACAGCGAAUUGUUGUAACACCUCAAUUGUCAAAAAAAUAUGCACGACCACUGAUACCCAAUGCUCUAGCCAUUCCACCUGUACCAACUGUUUUACCAUUCCAUACCUUCACUUAUCCUUUAUCUGCUCGACAGAUCCGCUUGGUAUCCCAUCGUAAUGCCUUACGUAUCUCACAUAAUGCUCUUAGUUCGGCCUGGUUAUCACCACAUGUGUAUCCUCCGCCCCCUCCACCUGCGCCACGCCUCAAGAUCGGAUAUGUUUCAUCUGACUUCAACAAUCAUCCGCUCGCUCAUCUUAUGCAAUCGGUGUUUGGAUUCCACACCAGGGAACAAUACGAAAUAUAUUGCUAUGCCAUCACACCCAGUGAUAAUUCACCUUACCGACUGAAGAUUGAACGUGAAUCAGAACACUUUCUAGACGUCUCUUCUUGGUCUAAUCAGCAAAUUAUUGAAAAAGUAGUUGCAGAUGGUAUCCAUAUAUUGGUCAACUUGAAUGGCUAUACCAAAGGAGCUCGUAAUGAAAUCUUUGCUGCCCGACCAUGUCCUGUGCAAUGCUCUUUUAUGGGUUUUGCAGGAACACUAGGUGGUGGUUGGUGUGAUUGGAUAGUUGCUGAUCCCAUCGUCUGUCCUCCUGAGAUGGUGAGCUGCGAAGUAUGGCGCAAAAGGGGGCGUCCGACAGGUCCAAAUGGUGCUUUUGAAGGUGAUAUUGAUCCUGAAGAGGCAACCAAUGAUUUUGUGUACACAGAAAAAUUCAUCUAUAUGCCUCAUUCUUAUUUUGUCAAUGAUCAUAAACAAGGUUUUAGAGAUGACGAUGAUGAGGGCGGUGGUGCUCCCCAGCAGCAACUGCUGAAAAGGGAUGUGGAUACCGUAUGGGCUAUGGAAGAAGAAAAGCGUUGGAAAAUGCGACGUGAAGUAUUUCCUCAUUUACCAGACGAUGUCGUCAUUUUUGCCAACUUCAAUCAGCUUUAUAAGCUUGAACCUGGUACUUUUCGAAUGUGGUUGCGUAUAUUAGAACGUGUACCUAAUUCCAUUUUAUGGUUGUUGAGAUUCCCGGCAGCGGGAGAACAACAUUUAAAACGAUAUGCGCAAGAAUGGGCUGGUCCGCAAGUAGCGCAACGAGUCAUCUUUACAGAUGUAGCGCCGAAGCAUAUCCAUAUUCAUCGUGGUAGAGUUGCUGAUAUCUUUCUAGACACGCCAGAAUGCAACGCCCAUACAACAGCUGCUGAUAUUCUAUGGUCUGGUACGCCAAUCAUAACUUAUCCAAAAUAUCUGCAUAAAAUGUGUUCCCGCGUCGGAGCAAGUAUUGCUAUGGCAACUGGGUUUGGCGAAGAUAUGGUGGUGUUGAGUGAACAUGAUUAUGAAGAAAAAACUGUUAUGCUAGCCUCAAGUCUUUACUAUACCUAUGAAGCUACCCAUUUGGGUACGGUGGCACGGCGCGGACAUGGAAAAUUAAUGGAGCUAAGAAAAAAGCUGUUUUUGACCAGAGAAAAUAGCAGGCUUUUUGAUACCUUCCGUUGGACCAAAAAUCUCGAGAGAGGAUUUGCUGAAGCUUGGAGGCGGUGGGUUACUGCUGAAGAGUUUGAAGACGUGUCAACCAAGCAAGAAAAAUCUGGUUGUAUUUGGAUAGUUGAUCCGGACGACCACCAGCCGUUAUCAAGCAUAUCGUCUCAAUUAGUAUCACUAUCAUAA